AUGCCACCUCACUCAAAGUCAAUAACACAUUUACCGCUUCUUUAUAAUCCUUUUUUAAAUUGCAUAUUCAAUAAUCCACAUCAUUCGAAGAAUCCAUUCAGACAGACAGUUCAGGAAUUGUCAGAAAACCACAAUGACUACACGAUUUUAGUUCCACCGGCGCAUAUUCUUCACGAUCUAUUUGAUCCAAGUACAGAAAAAUCAUCGACGAAAAUACGAUUACAUGAUUUAUGUUAUCAUAAUGAGGAUUUCAUACGAUCUCAUAUUAUAAAGACUAACACCACAUACCCAUCAAUUGCAUCGUCUAAAUCGCUGCUGGCGAUUUAUGUGACCAUGAAUGGAAAACAAAUAUUAAUAAAAAACGGAAUGGUUUUCACGGGAAAGGGCUUCAAAAAGAGCUUAAGAUUAAAAGUAUUGGAUAUGAACUAUUUCAAUUCGUUCUGUGAUUAUUUUCCAAAAGGCAGCAAAUUUAUGAUAUUAUAUAUAGAGGAUUCGUUGUUUGGGAGCUUUGAUCCCAAUGUGCCAGUACCUAUGCAAUCAAAGGAUAUGGACGAAAUUAAAUUAGAAUCAACAUCAAAAAAAGAUCAACAAUUUCAUGAUAUCACAUUUGAAAAACUCUUGAGAAGCUUUCCACUAUUGUCUAAUGCCGUAUCUGAUAAAUUUUAUAAAUUAUUCCAUCAUAACAACUAUCAAUUCCGCUUGCUACGAACAAACACCCGUAAGAAGCUAUCUAGCAUAAAGUUUGAAUUUCAAAGUAUGUUAGAUGAAGCAUUCAAGAUUGUUCUGGAUAGUGUAAAGAUUGACACACCUGAUAGCGAGCAAACUUACCAUUUAAUUAAUUAUAUUCUUAGGCUUUAUCCUGGCUUAGACCUAAAUAGAUUAGUCCAUGAAUACGUGGAAUUAAAUUUAUAUGAUAAGCUUUGGGCCCAAUUAAUCUUCCAAUUCGACCUUUCUAAUGAUGAUAAACAAAAUAAUGAUCCGGAUGCAAUAAAAAUUUUAACAAAAGAGAAAUAUGAUCAUUUGGCAUGUAUAUCGUUGAACCAAUUAGAUGUUCCAAUGGAUAAACCAUGGCAUAUCAACGAAUUGCAUAAGAGAAUAUACAAAGCAAUUGACGAGUUUUCAAAGUUAUCAGAUGCUUCUAUUCUUAACCUGAGCGGAAAAACGCAAAUCUUAAAGAACACAGUAAACAUAUUAACGAAGAACGUGAAACAAAUAUCGGAGGUGGAGUCAAUGACAGAAAAGACAGGAUCUGAUGAUAUUACUGUAAAUGCAGAUAUAUUAAUUGGUUUAUUAAUCAUGGUCAUUGUGCAUGCAAGGGUGGAUAAUUUAGAGGCUCAUUUGUAUUAUAUAAAGCACUUCAAUUCAGUAGACUAUACGAAUGAUGGGUAUUUUUGCUACAUCCUAAGCAACUUUGACGCGGUUAUUUACCACUUAUCAUCUUCCAUGAAUGACGAGCCUCAAUAUGCUGGCCUAGUUCAAUCUUCUGAAUUAAACCAUAAGUUUUGGUCGUUGAUUGAUUCAGGAGAUACCGAAAAUCUUUUGGUUUUACUAGAUGAAGUUCAACAAGGACUAGGUGAAUCUAAGCUUCCAAAUAACCAUUUUUUAAAUAGUAGGACUGUACAGGGAGAGAGUUGUUUAAUGAUGGCAGCCAAAGCUGAUAAUCUGGAUGCAUUCAAUUAUAUAAUUAAUUAUAACUAUCAAUGGUUCUCUAUUGAUGACAUUCUAUUUGAUAAAAACACAACUACAAAUCAGAGUUUGUUAACUGUUGCCCUAAUAGAAGAAUCGUAUAACAUUAUCACACAGUUAGUUGAAAUAAUACUUUCAAAUACAACGUUAGAAGAACAGAUUUUAUAUUUUAAUUCAGUGGACAAUUCAGGCAGGUCUGUCGGGCAUUAUUUUCAUCACUUCCCCGACUUAAUAGAUCAGAUAGGUUUCUUGAUAGAUUGGGAAUUGAAAGAUCUUAAUUCACAUACCCCUUUGUUUAGUUUAUGUCGAUGCUAUGACCAUCCGAACUAUGCAACGUUACUUGAAAAAGGAUUUGAUUGUAUUUACAAGAAAUAUGAUAAAAAAUCAAUUGAUUUUGACAAACAUAUUGACAAAAUGGGAAACACCCUAUUGCAUAUUAUCCUCAAAAAUUUAUCAAAAACCAAAUUGUUAACAUGUGAAACUAAUUUAAUCAAUGUAAAUCAAUUAAAUUAUAAAAACUUAACACCGCUAGAUCUAUACGUGAAAUACAAUCGACUAGAAAACCUAGAAGAGCUUUUAAAGGAUGAUAGAUUGGAUUUCAAAUUUGAGGAUAGCAUCAAUUUUUAUACCGUUUUUGAUUUCCUAGGUGGUCUGACUGCGAAAAGUCCAACAAACAAAGUAUUGAAAGAGAUUGAGAAGUUGAUAUAUAGUUACUAUUUCAUGAAUUAUUACCCAAACACAGAUACAGAGAAAAUUGCGGCAUUGAAUGCCAGGUAUGAUACUACAAAGAAAGAUUGGGUUUUAUUCUUUAUUAAAAAUAAUAAGAUACCAAUGUUAAAUGCUGAAACUUUAAACAGAUUGAGAAAAUUCAUAUACAUAUUCAAAUUAGAUCAUAUGUAUUCAUUUUUUCCGGAUACUGAAACAUUUUGGUUAAAUUUUCCUCAAGAGAAAUCUAUAGUUCCAAUUUUUGCCAAAUUCAGAAUUAAUAGAAUAAUUGAACAUGUGAACAUGUACAUGAUAAGUUUAAACUUCCAUCCAAUAUUGACAAACGAGAAGAUUUUUGAGAACUUUUUUGUCAAGGAUAGACAUAAACUGACACUAGAAUUAAUUAAUGACAUUACCAAUCGUCAAGAAUCAAGUAAGCGAAAAUUUGGCAAUCUAGUUUUGGGAAUAGGUCAAGUAAAUGAAAUAGACUUCUUUCUCAGAUUUUCAUUGACUGAUUUGCUGAACUUUCAAACUAUUAUUGCCAAAUUCAAUAAGUUAGUUGCGAUAGGCGAUAUUAAACAAUCGGAUUUAAGGAUAGUGACAGACAGAAUGUUCAAUUGUUUAUUUUUCAGCAACAUCUUACCAUCAGAUUUGCCUCGAGAAUAUAAUUUUGUAUUAACGAAUCAAUACAAAAACCAAGAUUCUUCAUAUAACGAACUUCUUUCAUUCACUGCUUGGUUAGAACUCUCCACAAUAGAACUCACAAAGAAUAUUCGACGCAUCUUACUCAAACUCGACGACUGGAAGGAACUUCACAAAAAUAUUAAAGAGCUCAAUAUCGAGUUGACGAAAUACGAAGAAGAUGCACCUACGCGUUAUGCUACUGUAGUUCCCGAUCCUACAAGUGGAGCAGAUACUGCUGACACUACACAUGCGCUGCCAAAUCUAGCCAAUUCAACUAAUGGCAAUUUGCAACAGGCUCAUCAGUUAGAAGCCGAAGCAGAAGAAAUUACAGACACCACACCUUCAUUUUUCAGCUUUGCAAGCAUCAUAGAGAAUAAAAAAGCAAGAUACAAGAAGCUCUUAUUGAUGAAAGCUGAAGAAAUCAAGAAGAUCAUGAAAUUGAAUGCUGAAUUGAAGUUCGAUCAUGAGUGUAUUGCAGCUGAAAUUUCAAAUUUUUUGAAAUUCAAAUCAAAUCUUAUCAACUUGGGUAUCAAACGCUAUGUUAGAUUAAGCUUAUGUUUUCUGAAGAUACGUAAGUAUGAAUUAACGAAGCUAUUAAAUAGUUGUAAAAGGUAA